CACUUGUUAUUAGAGUUUUCCUCAAAAAGGGCAGACAAAAUGGGCUCCAGGAGGAAGCAAGAAGAUAAACAUUUGCAAAUCCUGCGUGAGCUAGUUACCCUACAGCAUAACAAGAAAUGCUUCGAUUGUGGUCAAAGAGGACCUACAUAUGUGAACAUGACUAUUGGAGCGUUUGUUUGCACAUCAUGCAGUGGCUUGUUGCGUGGUUUGAACCCACCACAUAGGAUCAAAUCAAUCUCAAUGGCAAGCUUUAACUCUCAGGAAAUUGAUUUUUUACAGAAACAUGGUAAUGAGGUAUGUUUUGGGACGUGGCUUGCUUUGUGGGAAUCCCCACUGGCACCAGAACCAGAGUCACGAGAUGAACAGAAAGUAAAGGAUUUCCUUGCGCGUAAAUAUGAAAGAAAAAUGUGGUACAGUAACCGACCUAAGCCAAAACCAAAUCCCCAACAAGAGCCAGAAGCUAGACCUCUGAAGACUUUGCUUGGUGAAAACGCUCCUCAAGUCAUUGUAGCUUCACAACAAGAACAAAAAUCUGUAAGUUUACCAGGUCCCAGGAUAAGCCCUCCUCAAGCAACACUAACUGCUGUUCAAAAGCCUGUGCAACCAGUGGCAGCCAAGCAGGAAACCAAAUCAAACAUGGAUUUACUUGGCGAUCUGGGAAGUGAUCCAUUUGGUUCGUCUGCUGCUCCUACACAAAAUAAUCAAGACGCAUUUGGUAUGUUUCAGCAGCCGCCUCCUGCUCAAAAUCAAUUAUUCAAUGUAUCGCAAUCUGCAUCUCAAGCCAUACCUCAAAGCAACUCCUUCGAUAUGUUUGCUAAUGCUGGACAUCAACAACAACAAACGAGUGGUGUUGAUUUCUUUGCUAGUGCCUCUGCUGGAGGUUCUGUUUCAUUUAGUUCUUCAAACUCAGGUGCAGUCAACAUGCAAACAGCAGCGGAUAAGUACGCUGCAUUCAGUGAUAUGGAUCUGUUUAAAUCAAGCACGACACAAUCGGUUUUUAGUGGAAGCUCAGUGUUUAGCAACUCACCUAAUACGUCGGUUGGCAUGUCGUCCAACACGCAGCCGAAUCCAUUUAUGUCUCCCGGUACGCAGUCAAGUGGCGCAGCUGUCUUUCAACAACAGCAACAGCAACCCGUUAAUCCGUUUCAAACUGCAGCUCAACCACAAGGUGGUAAUCCGUUCCCGCAACAGCCAAACAAUCAAAUGAAUAUGUUUGCUAUGCAAAAUCAGCCGCAGAGUAACUCCUAUGGAAUGUCGAAUGGUAAUAUGAACUUUAACAGUAACCAGUUUCAAACUGCUAAUUCGAACGCUUUUAAUACAAGCUCGAACGUCAGUGCUAAGCAACAAAAUUUAAGUUUUAAUGGAGCUGGCAUGACCACAAUGGCUGCCAAUCAGUUUCAAAUGCAACCACAAAAUCCAUCGUUUGGUCAGAUGUCGAAUCAGUCAAAUAUGUUUCCGCAGUCGAACUUUCUAUCGCAACAACAAAAUGCGUUUAGCAACCAACAAAAUUUCUUGCAACAACAGCAACAACCAGCUUUCUCUAGUACGCAAUACAAUCAACAACAAAUAUUUAACCGUCCACAAACUUCAAUUAAUCAAUUUGCUAAUCAAUUUUCCACAAAUUUUUCAUCCCAACAGAGUCAAGCCAACGUUCCAGGUGGAUUUCCUAACCAACAAAGCCAGGGUAUGACAAAGCCACCAUUCGGUGGAGUACAAAUGCCUGGCUUGCAACAACAACAACAGCAAGCGUUUGGUUCUUGGGGACAGACAUCGCAACAGCAAUCGAGGUCCACUAAUCCGUUUAUGUGAUGCCGUGUAAUUGCGGAUGCGAUACAAUCUGAUACGAUGUGAUGCAAUCUGAUACGAUCUGAUGCGAUAUCUGCAGCUGUGAAGAAAGACUGGGCAGGUGUUCCAAGAAAUGUAAUAGGGCGAAAAAGCUUGUUGUCACAGAAUAUCUUUUUAAGAAGUACUGAUUUCAAAUAAAGAACAAUUGCUUUAUUUUCGAAUUCUGUAAACCCUAUAAUUCAAUUAUUAAAGUUCUUUUAUUUUCGCAAUUUCUCUUCUCGUUCGGUUUAAAUUGAACAAACAUAUUAGGUUUUAUAAAAAUGAAUAUGUUUUUGUUUUGUUAAAAUAAAUCAUAAAUUUGUAUAUUAAUAAACUUCCUUCCCAGCCUCAUUUAUAGAGAAAAGGCUUGGGCCGAGACAAUUAUUUAAUUGUUUCUAUAGAAUUUGAUGGUAAUUUUGCUCAUUGAAAUAUGCUUUGUUUAUGUAUGAAAUAUUUUUUUUUAGAAUUUACUGACGGAAUUUCAACUCACUUUUACUCUUGUGUGGCUUUAUUGCUGUUUUUUUAGCACUAUUACAAACAACAAUUCUCUGCGUUUUGACGUCGUGCAUUCUGUCGUGCGUAGUUUUAAGGCCGCUAAAAGUUUGCCUUUUAAAUCGAUGCUUUGUAUUUUUUUUGUCGAAUAUAUAUUGUAAUUUCUGUCUUUUUAUAUGUCAAUGUUUAAGCUCGACACCAAAGUUGAUUGACUUGUACAGUGGUUAAAAACCAGCAGGUCCUCGGGACGAAGCUGAUGGAUUGUGUAGAUUACGUAGAUUACAUGGCAGUUUCUAUCCAAUGUUAUGUUGUACUUGUCAUAUAUAGUCAGGGAGUUUCUUUUAAGCAUGGAAUUCCGUUAAAAUUAAUAAAAAUAGUGAAGAUUUUUAGGUGUUACUACUGUAUGUGCUCUUGUAGUUUGAGAAAAGAUUGUAUAUUUGAAUUUAA